AUGAGUGAGUCCUUUACCCUAGGACUAUGGAAUGCCAAUGGCCUUCAAACGACGUAUAUACAUGAUGUUCUCUCCCACUGCCUUUCCUUCACAGCUCUCUUUAUCACCGAAACUUGGAUGCUCCCCCCUUCCCGAUUACCCACCGAAUGGCUCCAAUUCCACACCUAUGGUGUCCCUGUUGAAGGCCACUACCGUGGCUCUCAGGGCAUCACUGCACUCAUUUCCCCUCACUGUUCUUAUCCUGUCUCCCAAGUCUCACUAUCCUCACCCUAUGCUCUCGGUAUUCUCCUUGGUCCCAUCAAAAUUAUAUGCCUUUACCUGCCGCCCUCCUUAAGCACGGAUGAAUUCCAUAAUAUACUUACAUCGCGCCACUGUAACUCUAUGCCCGUUACCUCCAAUACUAUUUUAUGCGGUGAUUUUAAUGCUCGCAUGGGCGAUAUCACUGGUGAUUAUGCAUCCAACACCCGAGGCACUAUGCUCCACCGUUGGCUCACAGACCGCAACCUCACUCUCCUUAAUUCCACGCUUUCCUAUGGCACCCCUACUUUCCUUUCCAUGCGACAUAGCCGCCCAGUCAGCAGUAUUAUCGAUUUCUUUAUUACUGAUCUUCCACUCACUUCCCCAUCCAUUGACAUCGAUCUCGAUUUAUCGCUCGGAUCUGACCAUAAGCUCCUCUCCCUAUCAUUUUCCUAUACAUCGUCAUCUCCCACUCCCUCUGCUCCUCCUCCUCGUCACCUUUGGCAUUUAUCUCGUCUCAGAGAGACAGAUACUCAUAAACUUUAUGUCCGCUCCUUUACUGCAUCUUCCCAGUCACUCCUUUCCGAUUUACGC